AUGUCCACAGGUGUUUACGCACCGUUCAUAUUUGUAAAAAAAGAAGAGAAACCGCUUGUGACAGACGAUGGUCCAACUGAAUCAGAUCGACGAGUAUUCACCGUGCUUGAACAUCUGAUGGGAUCACGGCGAAAGUGGGGAGGUAUUGAUAAUCGAUUGAUUCCAAGCGAUGGAUCAGGAAGAAUACCUGGCAUGGGCACAGCAGGAAUGGCGAAAGAAGAAUUACGCGUGAAAAGAUUCAUGGAGAGUUGUACAUUCAAAGCAAUUAUCAGUUGUGCUGGAGGCUUUGUGCUGGGUAUUGGUCUUGGUGUGUUCACAGCAAGUAUCGAUCCGAUGUCAACUAUCCAGACGACUACACCAGGUGCAACACCAACGAUCAAAGAUGUUUGGAGAGAAAUGAAAGCACGAUCGUUGAGUUAUGCGAAGAACUUUGCGGUUGUCGGUUUAGUGUUUAGUACGAUUGAAUGUAACAUCGAAUCGUAUCGAGCGAAAUCAGAUAUUCGAAAUGGAACUUAUGCAGGUUUUGUAACUGGUGGCUUAUUAGGAUUUCGCGCUGGACUACAAGCAGGUCUUUUCGGUGCUGUUGGUUUCGCUGCCUUUUCUACCUUGAUUGAGUAUUAUCUCUUAAAUCAUCAUUAG